AGCUGGUGUCUCAAGAUGGUCUGCAACCCAUGGUUUGAGCGAGCGUCCAUGCUGGUGAUCCUGCUGAACUGUGUGACACUGGGCAUGUUUCAUCCCUGCGAGGACAGCAACUGCGACUCUGAGAGGUGCCGGAUCCUGCAGGAUUUUGACGACUUCAUCUUCGCGUUCUUUGCCAUUGAGAUGGUGAUCAAGAUGGUGGCUCUGGGGAUUUUUGGCAAGAAGUGUUACCUCGGAGACACAUGGAACCGCUUGGACUUCUUCAUAGUAUUGGCCGGGAUGCUGGAAUACUCCCUCAACCUGCAGAACGUCAGUUUUUCGGCGGUGAGGACGGUUCGCGUGCUGAGACCGCUGAGAGCCAUCAACCGGGUGCCAAGUAUGCGUAUCCUGGUGACGCUGCUGCUGGACACGCUGCCCAUGCUGGGCAACGUGCUGCUGCUCUGCUUCUUCGUCUUCUUCAUAUUCGGCAUCGUGGGCGUCCAGCUGUGGGCCGGUCUGCUCAGGAACCGCUGCUUCGUGGAGGACAACAUCUCGCUACCUUCGUUUGUGAAGUUUGAGAAGUUGCACGAUUACUACCACACUGAAAACGACGACGAGAGCCCCUUCAUCUGCUCUCAGCGCCGAGACAACGGCAUGAGGGACUGCAGCUCGGUGCCCAAGCUGUACGAGGGAGGCCUGCAGUGCGACUUGGACAUGGACUCUUACAACAGCACCGACAACACCACUUGCGUCAACUGGAACCAGUACUACACCAAGUGCUCUGAUGGUCCCUACAAUCCUUUCAAGGGAGCCAUCAACUUUGACAACAUCUGCUACGCCUGGAUUGCCAUCUUUCAGGUGAUCACCCUGGAGGGCUGGGUGGACAUCAUGUAUUUUGUGAUGGAUGCUCACUCCUUCUACAACUUCAUCUACUUCAUCCUUCUCAUCAUUAUCGGCUCGUUCUUCAUGAUCAACCUGUGCCUGGUGGUCAUCGCCACUCAGUUCUCGGAGACCAAGCAGCGGGAGAGCCAGCUGAUGAAGGAGCAGCGGGUGCGCUUCAUGUCCAACGCCAGCACUCUGGCCUCCCUCUCCGAGCCGGGCUCCUGCUAUGAUGAGCUCCUCAAGUACCUGGUUCACAUCAUCCGCAAGGGGGCCAAACAAGUGGUCCAUAUCUGCAGGCUCUUGGCUCGUCGUGCCGGGCUCAACGUUGCCGCCUCGCCGCCGGCCACGGAGCCCCAACGUAGCCAGAGCCAGAGGAGGAGGAGGAAGUCCUCCAGGCAGGGAUCAGUGUCAGUUCAUCACAUGGUGCACCAUCAUCACCACCACCACUACCACCUGGGAAAUGGCAGCGUGAGGGGAGGAGGGAGCGUCCGGUGUGUGGAGGCGACAACUGGCGCCGGGCAUCUCACUUUGGCGUUACCCUCGUCCGUCACAGCGGCCACCUCCGAUUCAAACCUUGCCGCUUUGUCCAGUCCGACAGCAGGAGCUGCUGAUUCCGCCUCAGUUCACAGUGUAUUCAACGCGGAGACUCUUUGCUGUACCCCCUCGCCCGCAUGCAUGGCGCCGACUCCGAGCUCCUUCUCCCUGGCCCCGGCUCCUGCGUCCAGGGCCAUUAAGAGGAACUCGGUGCCCUUUGCUGCUCCAAGUCCUAAAAACUAUCCCACUCUGCAGGCCCGAGUCCUCGCAGAGUCCAGACGAGGGAGUGUUGCAGCCAGCACUCUGACUAACAUCAACUUCAACCUCAACAUCCCACCCGUGUCCCUGGAGAGACGGCCAUCCAGCCUGGUGGACACAUACACCCCCACAGCCCAGCUCUCCUGCCAGCUGUCGGCGCGUGACCUCAGCACCACCAGCAGCGCCAUGGACACGGCCGCUUUGACAUUGGACCCGGAGAGCUGCCCCUACUGCGCCAAGGCCCUCGCCAAUGAAUCAGAGGGCGGCACCGAGUGCAACGAGACGCCCGGCGAUUCCGACAGCGAGGGCGUAUACGAGUUCACGCAGGACCUCCACCGCAGGGACAGGAGGGACAGCCGGCAGCCCAAAAAGAAGCACCGCAGGCUGGGCAAAACGGCGGCAAAGGUGGUUCACUUCUGGAGGCUGGUGUGCGACACGUUCAGGAAGAUCGUGGACAGCAAGUACUUCGGUCGGGGGAUUAUGAUCGCCAUCCUGAUCAACACUCUGAGCAUGGGGAUCGAGUACCAUGAGCAGCCUGACGAGUUGACCAACGCAUUGGAGAUUAGUAACAUCGUGUUCACCAGCCUCUUCGCUCUGGAGAUGCUGCUGAAGGUUUUAGUCUACGGGCCCUUUGGCUACAUCAAGAACCCCUACAAUAUCUUCGAUGGCAUCAUCGUGGUCAUCAGUGUGUGGGAGAUAGUGGGUCAACAGGGUGGCGGACUGUCGGUGCUGAGGACAUUCAGGCUGAUGCGGGUGCUGAAGCUGGUGCGUUUCAUGCCAGCCCUGCAGAGGCAACUGGUGGUGCUGAUGAAGACCAUGGACAACGUGGCCACCUUCUGCAUGCUGCUCAUGCUCUUUAUCUUCAUCUUCAGUAUUCUCGGGAUGCAUCUAUUUGGUUGUAAGUUCGGGUCGGAGAGGGAUGAAGACACUCUGCCAGACAGGAAGAACUUUGACUCUCUUCUCUGGGCCAUAGUGACUGUCUUCCAGAUCCUAACCCAGGAGGACUGGAACAAGGUGUUAUAUAACGGCAUGGCCUCCACCUCUCCCGUAGCUGCCCUGUACUUCAUCGCACUUAUGACCUUUGGAAACUACGUCCUCUUCAACUUGCUGGUGGCAAUCUUGGUCGAGGGUUUUCAGACGGAGGGCGACGCUUCUAAAUCGGGUUCAGAAAUUGAUUGCUUCACACAAAGUAUGGAGGAUGUUGAUGUGAAUGGCAGCAAGAAGGAAUCGUCGGCCUCUGCAGUGCCUGUAAAUGGUCAUGUGGACCUGAAGACCAGCCUGACUCCACCUCUGAUUACCCACACGGCUGCCACCCCCAUGCCUGUACCUAAGCUGCCUGUCGGAGGUGACCCCGUCUUGGGUUAUGAGUCCCGUCGAGGCAGCAGCGUCUCCGUAGACCCAGCCUGCUAUGAAAAAUCACCGACCAGUGCCCGGAGCGCUUCUCCCUACGCCCCAUGGAGCUCCGGCAGCAGCUGGACCAGCCAGCGGUCCAGCUGGAACAGCCUGGGUCGCGCCCCGUCGCUCAAACGCCAGAGGCGGCAGUCGGGGGAGCGGCGCUCGCUCCUCUCUGGCGAGGCUGGCUCCAGCUCAGAGGACGGGGAGGGCGGAGGAGGAGGAGGAGGAGGAGAAGGAGGAGGAGGUGGGUUGAUAGAGGAUGAUGACACCUCGCUGGCCAGGACUGACUCCAUGUCGCAGUCGCAGAGAGGUCCCGGACAUCGGAGGAUGGAGUCAGUCGAGACUCGGAGCUCCAUGGAUUUGCCACCUGAUGCUCUGCUACAGGUGCCCUACCUGCACCACUCAGCCAAUAUGCACAGCUCCAGGCCGCCGUCACUGGGCCACGCACGGCCCACAGAGCACAGCGACUGCAACGGAAAGGGCUCGUUGUCGGUCCUGGGUCCAACACACGUCUCGUUAGAAGACAACACUGAAGAUGAGAAUGCAGAGGAGGAGCCCAGCCUGGGUCGUUUUGCCAGAUUGUUCCGCUGGCUGGAGAAGAAGCAGCCAGAGUGGUGUCGACAGAGAGACACCUGGUCACUCUACCUCUUCCCUCCACACUCCAGGUUUCGGAUCAUCUGCAAGAAGAUCAUCACCCACAAGAUGUUUGACCACAUUGUGUUGGUCAUCAUCUUCCUUAACUGCAUCACUAUCGCCAUGGAGAGGCCGCGCAUCGACCCCAGCAGUGCUGAACGGAUCUUCCUGACACUGUCCAACUACAUCUUCACAGCGAUCUUUGUCGCAGAGAUGACUGUAAAGAUUGUAGCUUUGGGCUGGUGUUUCGGGGACAAGGCCUACCUGAGGAGCAGCUGGAACAUUUUGGACGGGAUGUUGGUGAUGAUUUCUGUCAUCGACAUCCUGGUGUCUCUCAUCUCCAACUCGGGUACCAAGAUCCUGGGCAUGCUCCGAGUGCUGAGGCUGCUGAGAACUCUGAGGCCGCUGCGUGUGAUCAGCAGAGCUCCGGGGCUGAAGCUGGUGGUGGAAACUCUGAUGUCGUCACUGAAGCCCAUCGGCAACAUUGUGGUCAUCUGCUGCGCCUUCUUCAUUAUCUUUGGCAUACUGGGAGUACAGCUCUUCAAAGGGAAGUUCUUCUUCUGUCAAGGAGUAGAACAUCACAUAAAGAACAUCACCAACAGGUCCGACUGUUUGCAGGCCAACUACAAAUGGGUCCGACACAAAUACAACUUUGACAACCUGGGACAGGCGUUGAUGUCUCUGUUUGUUCUGGCAUCAAAAGACGGCUGGGUGGACAUUAUGUACAACGGACUGGAUGCUGUAGGAGUUGACAAACAGCCAGAAUUGAACUACAACCCAUGGAUGCUGCUUUACUUCAUCUCUUUCUUGCUGAUUGUGGCCUUCUUCGUGCUCAACAUGUUCGUGGGCGUGGUGGUGGAGAACUUCCACAAGUGCCGGCGCCACCAGGAGGCCGAGGAGGCCAAGCGCAGGGAGGCGAAGAGAUUGAAACGCAAGGAGAAAAAGAGACGGAGUAAGGAGAAGGAGCUGGCUGACAGGAACCAGAGUAAGCCCUACUUCUCCGAUUACUCCCCCACCCGUCGGCUCAUCCACACGAUGUGCACCAGCCACUACCUGGACCUGUUCAUCACCAUCGUCAUAGGGCUCAACGUAAUCACUAUGUCCAUGGAACACUACCGGCAGCCCAAGGAGUUGGACGAGGCAUUGAAAAUCUGUAACUACAUCUUCACCCUCAUCUUUGUUCUGGAGUCCGUCUUCAAGCUGGUGGCCUUCGGUUUCCGACGCUUCUUCAAGGACAAGUGGAAUCAGCUGGAUCUGGCCAUCGUGCUGCUCUCUAUCAUGGGCAUCACUCUGGAGGAGAUUGAGGUCAAUGCUUCACUGCCCAUCAACCCCACCAUCAUCCGCAUCAUGAGAGUGCUGAGGAUCGCACGAGUGUUGAAGCUCUUGAAGAUGGCGGUGGGGAUGAGAGCUUUGCUUGACACCGUUAUGCAAGCCCUGCCUCAGGUGGGCAAUCUGGGUCUUCUCUUCAUGCUUCUCUUCUUUAUCUAUGCAGCACUGGGAGUGGAGCUGUUUGGUGACUUGAUUUGCGAUGAGCUCCACCCAUGUGAGGGUCUGGGGCGCUACGCUACAUUUAAAAACUUUGGGAUGGCGUUUCUGCUGCUCUUCAGAGUUUCCACCGGAGACAACUGGAACGGCAUUAUGAAGGACACAUUAAGAGACUGCGUCCAAGACACCAGCACCUGCUACAACACUGUGGUCUCUCCCAUCUACUUCGUCUCCUUUGUGUUGACCGCUCAGUUUGUCCUGGUCAACGUUGUCAUCGCCGUCCUGAUGAAGCACCUGGAGGAGAGCAACAAGGAAGCCAAAGCCGGGGCAGAGGCUGAGGCGGACUUGGAGCUCCAGAUGGACGGGGGAGACAUGGCCACGAGGUCCCCCCAGCUGAACCCUCUGGCGCUGGGCAUGGACAGGUCGAGUUCCGGGGGUUCGCCCUGGAAGUCCACCGGAGGAGGGGACAGGGAACAGGAAAGAGACAGUCCUAUGGACUCGCCCACUGCUGAUAAAACCAGAGAGUCUGUAAACAUCAGAGCAGACCCCCCUUCAUGCCUGGACUCGCCGCUGGAGCCGGAGCAGCUCAACCCUGAGGAGCCGUUGCGGGACAACCUGCUGAGCGUCAGGAAGCCGACGGUGGGACGCACACACUCCCUGCCCAACGACAGCUAUAUGUUCCUCCCCGUGCAGCCUUUUGGUCACACGGCUACGGCUCCAGCACAGCUGCUAGCACAGACACAGGGGCCCCAGCACAUACUGGACACCCUCAGGGCCCAAUCAGGCUCCAGUGCCUCAGUGCGUUCACAACCGGAGGAGUUCUCCCAGCAGCUGGCUAUUCCCACAGACCUCUUCAGACCCAUCAGCCCCCACAGCCACUCGGACUCCGAGAGUAUACCACGAUUACCCCCUCCCAGACACGCGCACGCACUCAGCCGCACGCUCCGCAGACAGGUUGCAGUGUCUACUGAUUCUCAGGAGGCCCUGUGUUCAGACGGAGGAGAGAGCAAUGAAGGACUUGUGAAUGGUUACAGCUCCUACGCGGGCUGCCAGGAGAGUCGGAGUCCAUAUUUGCGGCAGCUGAAGAAGUUCCACAGCGCCGACAUGCAGGGCCGCGGCGCCCUCCUGCCCCGACCAUCCUCCUGGUUGGAUGACCCUCGACGCCAUUCUGUAGAAGUAUGUUCCUCGGUGGAGUCCAGCCCCCAGCGCAGCACCACCUCCACCUCCUCCGGCUUCGUGUCGCGGGCCGACAGCCUGCAGAUCCACAGCCAGACCCCCACUCAGACCUCGCUGCCCUCACCUCGACGCAAGAAGAAGAUGAGCCCGCCCUGCAUCUCCGUAGACCCUCCAGAUGGACUGGAGCCUCAGUCCGGCCUCUACCCGGGCCUGGGCGGGCUUGGGGGUUUAGGGAUGCCCCCUCCUCUGCCCAGCCAGGACACCUGCCUGAGGAGGAGAGCGCCCUCCAGUGACUCCAAGGACUCCUUUGACCUGGGAGUUGGAGAGGGUUCAGGACAGAAUGGAGGCUCGUCAAACCUCAACACCAACCCCAAGCUAUUGACUCUUCCCAGUUUCUCCUUUGAGAAGACAAGUUCUGAGCACUGAACACUGACACUCCAACACACACAGAUACACACACGCACACAGCUUGACGAACCCUCCACACACACAAACACACGAUGCACUCUGUGUGUCUGUGAUGGUGAUAGUUCUAGUAAUA